AUGGACGGGACCGAGGGGCUCGUCCGCGGCCAGAAAGUCCUCAACACCGGAUCCCCCAUCACUGUAAUCAUCGCAUCUCCCUUUCCUCUCGCCGUUUCCGCAUGUGCAUUUCCUGCCGUGCUCGAUCUGAUGAAAUGUAGAUCUGGCGGGGUUCCUGUUGGGAGGGCCACCCUUGGACGUAUCAUUAAUGUUAUUGGUGAGCCGAUUGACCACAAGGGUGACAUAAAGACACACGACUUCCUUCCUAUUCAUCGUGAGGCCCCUGCUUUUGUUGAGCAAGCCACAGAGCAGCAAAUUCUUGUUACUGGAAUUAAGGUCGUGGAUUUGCUUGCACCUUACCAAAGGGGUGGGAAAAUUGGUCUCUUCGGUGGUGCAGGAGUGGGUAAAACUGUUCUUAUUAUGGAGUUGAUCAACAAUGUUGCCAAGGCCCACGGUGGUUUCUCUGUUUUCGCUGGUGUUGGAGAACGUACCCGUGAAGGUAAUGACUUGUAUAGGGAAAUGAUUGAAAGUGGUGUCAUUAAGCUAGAUGAGAAACAGGCUGAAAGCAAGUGUGCUCUUGUCUACGGCCAAAUGAACGAGCCCCCGGGUGCUCGUGCUCGUGUUGGUCUGACUGGUUUGACUGUUGCUGAACAUUUCCGUGAUGCUGAAGGACAAGAUGUGCUCUUGUUUAUUGACAACAUUUUCCGUUUCACCCAGGCAAACUCUGAGGUGUCUGCUCUCCUUGGACGUAUUCCAUCUGCUGUGGGAUACCAACCAACUCUUGCCACCGAUCUUGGAGGACUGCAAGAGCGGAUUACGACGACAAAGAAGGGUUCUAUUACAUCUGUCCAGGCUAUUUAUGUGCCUGCUGAUGAUUUGACAGAUCCUGCUCCUGCUACCACCUUCGCCCAUCUUGACGCUACUACUGUGUUGUCACGACAGAUUUCUGAGCUGGGCAUUUACCCUGCUGUCGAUCCUUUGGACUCGACAUCAAGAAUGCUUUCUCCCCACGUUCUGGGUGUGGAUCACUACAACACUGCCCGUGGUGUCCAGAAGGUUCUUCAGAACUACAAGAAUCUUCAGGAUAUCAUUGCCAUUUUGGGUAUGGAUGAGCUCAGUGAGGAUGAUAAGAUGACGGUUGCUCGCGCAAGGAAGAUCCAGAAGUUCCUGAGCCAGCCUUUCCAUGUUGCCGAAGUUUUCACUGGUGCUCCAGGGAAGUAUGUGGAUCUAAAGGAGGGCGUCCAAAGUUUCCAGGGUGUUUUGGACGGCAAGUACGACGACAUCUCGGAGCACGCGUUCUACAUGGUUGGAGGCAUCGACGAAGUCAUCGCCAAGGCGGAGAAGAUCGCCAACGAGAACGCUUGA